UGUGAGAGCGCGCGUUGCAGUGUUUCUUUGAAUCAGAUUUUUUUUUUUUUACUUGCCGCCAUCGUUGAAGGCCACACGACCGCCGAAUGCCCCGGCGGACUACAGAAUUCAUUCUGGUAUCGCUGCCGCCGACAUCACCGCCAUUAUCACACACAUUCGACUGGUCGUAAUAUCCACUGCGUGUCAAGACGGUAGUACGUCGCCGGCACUGUCCGAUGGUCCGACGUGAAUGCAACCGACGACCGGUUUGAAAAAGGAAAAAACAUUAUUUUUCUUUGGGGGAUUAAUUAUCAGUGUGUCACGUGUGUGUGUCGUGAGACGUUCUUUAUCGUAGUUUAGUGAGUGUUUUGGCGAAGUUCUGUUGUUUUGCUUUUUACAAUAUUUUUAAUAAUAUCAUUGAACACAGAGUGCGGAGAACUGGUCACUCGACUCGAAGACCAAGGUUCACGUGGAGUAACUGAUCUUAAACAAUCGAUACAGGUAGUUUUCAGUUAACUUAUCAUGAAGCUGUAUUUUUAUACAUCUAUUUUGAUUUCACUUGGUGGCCUUCUUUAUGUGAACGGAUAUGAGACUGGAGCCCCUGUGUUAACAUGUCGGACAAUGGUGCCCGGACAUGGAGAGGCAGCGCAAACUACUCCGGCUCCUUAUCGAAUUUUACCAUCUGAUGUCACUUCUGGAAGGGUUAGAGUGACUCUUACUGCACCAAAAGCUAAUGAUUAUUUUACUGGGUUCCUGAUACAAGCUCGUGUUCCUAGUGCCGGAGAUAAUGCGGUCGGAUCUUUUGUCCAAGUGCCACAAGAUUCACAAACAUUAGACUGCAAUGAAAUAACAGGAUCUGGAGUGACACACGGUAGCAACACAAAGAAGAAGUCGGUAGAGUUUGAUUGGGAAGCACCAAGUAAUUUCGACGGACAAGUACAGUUUGUGGCCACGGUCGUUUUUGAUUAUGCAACAUUCUGGACUGGUAUAAUUUCAAGUCCUGUUCAAGUAAGAGGAACUAGGGAUGCACCAUCAUUAAAUAAUCAAAAUCCACAAACAGCCAGAGCAGAACAAGGUGUUAAAGAAAUAGAAUCCAAUAUUUACAAUGAAUGUGGAAGGAGUAAAAAUUGUGUUGGAUCACCUCCAGGAUGUAUACAAGCCUCCAAUUGCCGAGCUGUUGUUGCUUUAACGCAUUUUAGUGGAAGAUAUCAAUUUGAAAUGUUAGCUCACGAUAGCAAAUAUGUAGCUUUUGGUUUAUCUGAUGAUAACAAAAUGGGUGGUGAUGGUGUUAUUGAAUGUGUUCAUGAAGAAAGUGGCCGUGGUAGCAGCGUUAGUGCAUAUAAAUCGUGGAAUGUUCCUUUUCGAAAACAAAACAAAAGGGUAGAUGAUCUGUUUGGUGUUAAUUUAGACAGUGCUGCUAUAGUAGAUGGUGCAAUUUAUUGCAAAGUUUCUUUGGAUUCUCUUAUAAAAAUCGAAGAUAGAACAUAUGAUUUAGACAGGGAAGAAUACUUUGUGUUGUUAGCUUCAGGGUCCUCAUUAAAACCUUUUAGCGUUGGUUACCAUGAUGUUGCUUUUUCAAGUAGUCCUGAUAAAAAAAGACUCAGUCAAUUAAAAGCCGCCCGUGUACUCGAUCCUUUUUACAACGAAUGUGGUGAAACUAAAAAUUGCUUUGGAUUACCAGAAGGAUGUUUGACAACUCAAGAUUGUGUUGCUGUAACGGCCGUAAAGGUGGAUGGAAUUAGAUAUAUAUUUGAAAUGAAAGCUAAAAAUGCUGCGUAUGUAGCGGUCGGACUUUCAGAUGAUCAAAAAAUGGGAGGUGAUAGUGUUAUAGAAUGUGUUCAUGAAAAUACAGGAUCCAAUCAAAUUAAAGCUUAUAGAUCUUGGAAUAUUCAAAAUCAAAAAAACAAUAAACGUGUGCCGAAUCAAAAUGAAAUUACUUUACUAAAUGCAUCGUAUGUAGAUGGUACUAUUUAUUGCAGUGUUUUUCAUGAAGCAGUCACAACUAUAGAAGGAGUUAAAUUUGAUCUCAUUCAAAAUAAAUACAACUUAUUACUUGCCGCUGGUACAUCUUUAAAAGAGCGAAGCGUAGGUUUUCACGAUUUAGCUUAUACUUCAACAGCAGAAGCCAGUUCAUUAUCAGAAAUCAAAUCUUUAAAACCAUCGUCCAAAAUUUUGUUAAGGUUGCAUGGAACUUUUAUGGUUGUUGCUUGGAUUGGAGCAGCUAGUAUUGGAAUUGUUGUCGCUAGAUAUUAUAAACAAACGUGGGUUGAAUCGUCGUGCUGUGGCAAAGAUUUAUGGUUUGGGUGGCAUCGCUUGUUGAUGAUGUUUACAUGGAUUUUAUCAUUAUCUGGUUCAGCUUGCAUAUUUCUUGAACUCGGUGAAUGGGUAUCAGGCCCUAGUCAAACACAUGCUAUUUUAGGUGUAACAACUACCGUACUAGCAUUUUUCCAACCUAUAUUUGCCGCAUUUAGGCCACACCCAGAUUCACCAAAAAGGCCAAUUUUCAAUUGGAUCCAUUGGUUAGUUGGAAAUGCUGCACAUAUCAUUGCAAUUCUAACAAUAUUUUUCGCCGUUACGUUGAGUAAAGCAGAACUACCAGCUUGGGUAGAUUGGAUUUUAGUGGUUUAUGUAGGAUUUUAUGUCAUUAUACAUUUAAUUUUAUCGAUAUCUGGUUGUUUAAGUGAAAAAUCUGGUAGCAUGCGAGUAAAUACAUUCCCUAUGAAAGAUCUACAUAAUGGAAGAAAUUCAAUGAAUUACGAACAGCAAAAAGAUAAUCCACAUUCUGGAUUCAGAAAAUUUUGGUUGUUCAUUCAUGUUUUAUUCAUUGUUUUGAUAACUACAAUUUUGGCAUUAAUUGUUUUCUAUGCGCCUAUUGAACCAAGAUUAACUGCAUUACGCGAUCAGUUCGUCUAAUUAACAAUCUUAAACAUAUUAUACUUUGUGAAUUUUGUAUUAUAUUACUUGUAAAAUUUCUUGAUAAUUUUUUAUUAUUUAUUAAACUAAAACUUUUAAUUUAAAAAAUACUUUUUUGUAAUGAUUGAUUGUUUCCGAAAUUUUACGAGGAUUAUUACUUUAAAACUAAUAAA